GCUCAGCCGUUCGGAAUGGCCACCGCCGUGCUCCGCCGCCCACUGCUCGCCUCGCUUCUCCCGGCCGCCGGCGCCGGCGCCGGUUCCGCCUCGUGCUCCAGCUCCUCCCUCCCCCCGCACCUCCAUCUCCGGCGGCGUCGGUCUCCGCCUCCGGUGCGCGCCGUCUCCUCCGACUCCUCCAAGCCCAUCGCCUCCUCAUCGACCGGCGGCGGGGCCGACCCUGACGAGGAGCCCGUCCUGCCGCUCCUCCAAGAACUCGCGGAUUGCUUGGUUCUCCCUCCCAAAUUCCUGUCUCUGCUGCCCCGCGACCUUCGGCUCGACCUCAAUGAUGCGGCAUUCGAUCUCUCCAACGGGCCUGUUCUCAACGAGUGUGGUCAAGAAGUCGGCGAUCUGUUGCUGGACCUGGCAAAAGCAUGGGAGAUGGCCGACACAUCGGCAUCAAAUAACCUUGCCAAGCAGCUGCCGACGAUGGCGCCCUACUUGACUGCAAGCGCCAAAUCAGCAUUUGGCAAGCGGCUGGGGUCAGCUGGAAAGAAGUUUCAGACUAUGGGACAGUAUGGCAAUGGAGAAUUCAAGAAGAUUUCCGAAACAAUGAUCAAGAUCGGUAAGGUUUUGUCGAAACGCCCAGUGAUUCAGGCUGAAGUACAGGCUAUGAAAGAAAAAAGGAAGCUGAAGUUUGGAGAGCUUCAAUUUGAAUUGACAGCACAAAAUGCCUAUAUCGGUGCUGCAAUUGGACUGGUUUUCGGGUUUUUCUCCUGGCAACUAGCCCAAGGCGUGCAGAGCAAUCCAGACGACACCCAGGCGCUCAAGGUCGCGCUAGUUGUUCUUGGCUACACAUCUACUGCCUUAUCGGUGGCCGCGGCUGUAGGGCUCGUCGUACUAGCCCAGCAGAUUGACCCCGAGGACAAAUCGAAGUAACUACCUGCCAGUUUCUAAAACUGUUGAGGUGU